AUGGGGCCGGUCCACGACCUGCGUCUGUCCCAGCUGCGGCGCUCCCUGCUGGGCAGCGUGUCGGACAGCGGCAGCGUGGUGCUCUGGGACUCCAACACGCAGAAGGAGCUGCAGGCGUUCGGCGGCGCCCACAAAGCUCCCGGCUCCGGUCUCGCCUUCUCGCCCAUCAGCGAGCUGCUGGUCGUCAGCGUCGGGCUCGACAAGAAGAUCGUGUUCUACGACACGGCCAGCAAGAUUGUGGUGCGGUCCAUCCGGGUGGAGAACCCUCUGACGGCGGUGGACUUCACCCCGGAUGGAACCGGUCUGGUUGUCGGUUCCAGUCGAGGGAAGAUCUACCAGUACGACCUGAGGAACUGCAACGCCUCCACCCGGAUCACCGUGGCUCAUAAAACCUCCGUCACCUGCCUCCGCUUCCAGAGCUCCACCCAGAGCCGGCACAAGAGCUCCACGAAGAUCUCCAGCACCAAGCGAUCCUCCAGCAAACUGCCCAGCAGCCAGCAGGAGCCCCCCCCCCCCAGACACACCACAGCAGGAGGCGCUGCAGAGCUGCUGAGCAGAGAGGCUGAAGGUCAGCAGGGAGCCGAGCAGCCAACCACGGACAGCUUCUCUCCUGCAGUAACCAGCUCGAAGCUGCUGUCCAGAGAUGGGGAGGGUCAGCAGUUCAUCGGUCGCGGCAGUUUGGACAUUUUCUCCCCAGUCAGAGAAGUAACCAGCAUGGAGCAGGUGUCCAGAGACGGGGAGGGUCAGCAGUUCAUCGGACGCGGCAGUUUGGACAUUUUCUCCCCAGUUAGAGAAGUAACCAGCAUGGAGCAGGUGUCCAGAGAUGGGGAGGGUCAGCAGUUCAUCGGCCGCAACAGUUUGGACAUUUUCUCCCCAGUCAGAGAAGACUCUAGGACCCUGGGGACGCCUGCUGCAGACACACCUUUUGGACGGACAGCAGUAACCAGCAUGGAGCAGCUGUCCAGAGACGCGGAGGGUCACAAGUUCAUCGGCCGCAACAGUUUGGACAUUUUCUCCCCAGUUAGAGAAGACUCUGACUCCUCCCAGCGUAAGCCGCCCCUGCUGGCCUCGGGGGGGCGCUGCUACAGCCCGCUGUCCGUCUUCCAGACGCCGCCGACCAUCAGAGAGGAAGAGCCAAUCAGCGCCGCAGCAGCCGAGCCAUGUGACUCCAGAAAGACGGAGAAGACCAGCGGCUCCAGCCUGGAUGAUGAGGCCACGCCCACCGAGUCCCAGCCAGCCAAUCACAGCCAGCCGGCCUUCUUCACUCCAGAGCCCAGCCUCAGGAGAGCCAAUGGGAUUCAAGCUCAGCUGAGCUAUGACUCACCUGUCCAAGAAGCUCCGCCCACUGCUGCUGCUGCUGCAGACGUGUCCUCGCUCGCCCCCUCCCUCCCAGGACAGUCGGCUCCUCUCACGUCCCUGCAGGUCCACUUCAUCCAGAACCUGAUCCAGGAGGCGGUGGAGGAGUGCAGAGAGUCGUGUCACAGAGACAUCAUCAACCUGCAGGUGGAGAUGGUCCGCCAGUUCUACAUCCAGCUGAACGAGAUCCACGGCCUGGUGGAGAAGUAUUCAGUGAACGAGUCUCUGGUGGAGGAGAUCGAGAGGCUGAGGGAGGAGAACCGGCAGCUGAGGACCAACUACUGACCUCUGACCCCUGACCCCUGACCUCAUUAAUAAUCAGACUGUAAAGAGUUAAUAACUGACCCCCAAUAACGUAUUAACUCUUUAUAAACUGAUUAUUAAUGAUUAAUGGAGGAUUCAUCUUUUGGUGAUGUUUGAGUUGUAAUAAAGUUUGUCUACAGAAUAAAUAAAGAUUCAUAUUUAAAAUAAAAAUG